AUGCAACUGCACAACUUUGCUGAUGCGUGGAGACGUGGUKACGCUGCAGUGUCAUAUCUUAGAAUGAUUGACYAAGAUGGCAAGAUACAUUGUGUUUUCGUCAUGGGAAAGGCUCGUAACACUCCAAUAGAGGAACAGUCAAUUCCACGACUGGAACUUCAAGCAGCUGUGCAGGCUACCCGGCUGAGCAAGACAAUACUUGAUGAGCUAGAAGAGCCCGUGACAGAAGUCCGCUUUUGGUCGGACUCAAUGACGGUGCUACAAUAUAUCAAGAAUAGAACACGCCGUUUCAACACCUUUGUCUCCAACCGCCUCACUGAAAUACAUGAGUCAUCUUCACAAGAACAAUGGUACUUUGUACCUGGUACACUGAAUCCAGCCGAUGAAGGAUUUCGGGGAAUGGACGAGGAAUCUUUCACCUCCAAUUCCCAUUGRUUAUCGGGACCGUAA